UGAUGUAUCCUUAAAAUUUAGUGUACUAUGUUUCUAACAAAUCCGUUACUGCUUUCCUUAACUCGUUUUACAUUGCAUGAGUUUGGCUGUUGGACACAAAAUCCAUUGUAACGGGAACAAAAAAGGGAUAGAGUUACUUCUGCUCCCGGAAAGGUCACAAAUGAGGAUCAUCGAAAUAUUUCAUCUAACCGUCGUUUGUACUGUUUAGUUCAGUUUGCAACGGCUAUUUUGAUUGAAGCAACAACAAGAGUUUGGGAAUGAUUACUGUUAAUUUGCGGACUGUCGCUAUUUGUAGUACUGCCAACAGGAGACGCAGUUAGCACGCUACACUGACACUUGCCCUGGACAGACUGUGCAACUUGCAACAUUCGUGCAGUCACGUUUUUUUUAAACAUUUUUGCUCGCUUGGUUUUUAAAGCAGUUCGGUUACACAGACUGCAGUUUAUAAAAUAUGUGGAAGAUAUAUUAUAUUUAAAUUCGUCAAGUCCCUUCGGAACAGGCAUAACUUCCGAUAAUCUACUUUAUCCGGGUCUCAGUGUCUGGUAGGAUUCCAAAGUGCUUCAAGCAGUUUUGUAUUUAAAAUGACGCACACACACAGCGGACUUCGACUUCACGGGAAAUACGAAACGAGCUUCAAGACAACCAGGCGAAAUUAUUCCCGACUGAUCUCAAUAUCAUUUGCACCGUCGAGAUAUCCAGGCGCGAUGUCAAAUGCAACUUAUGUUAGGAGCAGCAAUUAACAUUUGGCCGGGGUUUUAUUCACUUAUUUCUUUCGAAAGGCCACCAUUUGGUUAGGAAAAUACAAGGGUCUCAUUAAAAUCAGGGUGUGUAAAAUGACAGGGUCUUGUGCAGUUGAAUUGAAUUAUUGUAAUCUGUAACCUUCACAAUGAAUCGCUCGCGUUUGAAGUCUUUCACCUCAGCAGCCCUAACCCAACAGGUUCCCCCGGGCUCGAAGGUUACAGGUAACUCCAGAAUUCCCAGCACUUCUGUUUGCAAAAAAAAAAAAAAAAAUUGGAAGGGGAGAAAUCCCGUUGGAAGGCGGGAUAGAGGUUGUUAAAUAGGUGAUAUAUUUAAAAGUCCGGUUUUUCGGCUGGGGGUGCAGGAUGACAAGCAGCUGUUUGGAAUGGAAUUCCUCACUGACAUUAGCCACACGACAGCCUUCACUUUUCAUUGCAUUUCGCUGGGACAGUAAAUUACCCUUCGCAAGGAGCCCCGCCCCUAACCGGCGGUGAUUGGCCGUACGGCGCAACCACAAGGCGGGCACCAGCUACCUAUUGGUCUGCACGGUUGUCAAUCAGCGUAUCCCCGCCCAUCCAGCUCUCCAGCUGCUGAGAGUUGAUACAUUCAUGGAAGAAAUGGGCAUUGGGGAGGGAGUUGGUGUCAGAGGAGAAGGAAGCGGGUCCUUUCAAUCCUCACUUGCCACCAGCUUCAUUUUGGAAACCCUAGCCCCCCCACCCACUCCAUUCCCCGAAAACAUUGAUAAACGGGGGGGAGCAGAAAAAAUAUGAAAAGUUUAAGCAAUGUGCGUUAUUUUGAGUCGUUUAAGGUGCAGCAAGCGCCAGGCCUCAGCAAUUUAUGCAAAUAUAAUAGGCGUGCCAUGUCCGUGACUCACUACCGGAACUGCACGGAGAAGCCAUAUAAAAACUAAUGGGAGAGUUAAUACGCAGAUAGCUAAAGCUUUGCAGCUCGCGCAGUCGAGGGAAUUAAAAAAAAAGCAGAGAGAAGGAGGAUAAGAAAUUGAUCACGUCUGUAAAAUAAUAAAAUAAAUCUCUCGCCCCUCUCUCUCUCAUUCUCUGAAGAAGUGAGCCUGCACGUUACAAUGGCUGAUGAAAAUGCCAACACGAAAUGCAGUAGUUUUAACGUUCUGAACUGGGAGCAAGUGCAACGGCUGGACAGGAUCCUAACAGAGACGAUCCCGAUCCACGGGCGGGGUAACUUCCCGACCCUGGAGCUGAAGCCCCGGCAGAUCGUGCAGGUGGUGCGGAGCCGCUUGGAAGAGAAGCGGAUCCGGGUGCGGGAUGUGAGGCUGAACGGCUCGGCGGCCAGUCACGUCCUGCACCAACGCAGCGGGCUGGGCUACAAGGACCUGGACCUUAUCUUCCGGGCUGACCUGAGCGGGGACAAGGAGUUUCAGACGGUCAAGAACGUGGUGCUGGAUUGCCUCUUGGAUUUUUUGCCCGAGGGCGUGAACAAGGAGAAGAUUACCCCGCUGACCCUGAAGGAAGCCUACGUGCAGAAGAUGGUGAAAGUUUGCAACGACUCGGACCGCUGGAGCCUCAUCUCGCUGUCCAACAACAGCGGCAAGAACGUCGAACUGAAGUUCGUGGACUCGCUGCGGCGCCAGUUCGAGUUCAGCGUGGACGCCUUCCAGAUUAACCUGGACUCGCUGCUGCUUUUCUACGAGUGCUCAGAGCACCCCAUGUCCGAGCACUUCCACCCCACCAUCCUGGGCGAGAGCGUCUACGGCGACUUCGAGGAGGCGCUGGAACAUCUGCAGCACAAGGUGAUCGCCACCAGGAACCCCGAGGAGAUUCGUGGUGGCGGCCUCCUCAAGUACUGCAACCUACUGGUGCGGGGCUUCCGGGCGGCCUCCGAGAGCGAGAUGAAGGCGCUGCAGCGGUACAUGUGCUCCCGCUUCUUCAUCGACUUCUCGGACAUCGGCGAGCAGCAGAGGAAGCUGGAGUCCUACCUGCAGAACCACUUCCUGGGGCUGGAGGACCGUAAGUACGACUACCUGAUGACCCUACAGAGGGUGGUCAACGAGAGCACCGUCUGCCUGAUGGGACACGAGAGGAGGCAGACCUUGAACCUCAUCACCAUGCUGGCCCUCCGGGUCCUGGCUGAGCAGAACAUCAUCCCCAAUGUGGCCAAUGUGACCUGCUACUACCAGCCGGCUCCUUACGUGACCGACGCCAACUUCAACAACUACUACAUCGCCCAUGUGCAGCCGGUGUUUACCUGCCAGCAGCACACCUACUCCACCUGGCUGCCCUGCAACUGAAAGGAAGGCAAGAAGGCUUUGCUGAGAAACAGACAAAAGGGGCAAAAAGAGCAGAGGACGCAGGAUGCAGGAUUAUUAACAGAUGACGACAGAAGUCGCUAUUGUGCUGUCCGCGGCUCCUGGUUUGAGAGAGCGUACACUUCACUUUUUUUUGGACGUGAAAGUGUGCAGAACGCUUGGCUAAUAUAAUGUUCAAGGACCAAAGAUAUUUUUUCGUUUUAUAUAUGUACAGUAUAUCAACAAAAAAAAAACCCAUGGACAAGAACAGAUGUGGCUAAUUUAUAUUUGUCUACAUGAACAUGAAUCAAAAGUGCCUAUUAUCUAUAAGAAUGGGAAUGGAGAUACUGUAUUCAAAUCUUGUGGCUUAAUCCACAUUUUUCUUUAUCAGGGACAAAAAGAACGUGUUCUUGCACGAAUUACUAAAUUCCCUAUUUUCUUGGAAAAUACUUGUACUUAAAAAAAAAGUUGCUGUUUAUGUGAUAGUUUAAAAGUAUGUAUUGUCUUGGACAGUGUAGCACUUAGGUAAGUGUUUAAACAAAGUACUUUAUAUUUUCCAGUUUGUAAUAAGAGGUUCCUUGGCACUUUUUUUUUGUUUCCUCACUCGGAAAAGGUAUAAUAUGUUGUGUGCCACAGCUGCAUUUGAGUUAAUGAAUUAAAUAAAGCACAGUUGGAUGUCUGGGGAUAUAUGGAAGUGAGAGAGAACUGUGAAAUCUUGUAGUUUGCUUAUAACACCAACUUGAUUGUGAAGUAGAUAAUGAAUUCAGAUAAGUAAUCCAGUGGAACCCUCUUAGAAAUGAGGAUGGGACACACCUGAGUUGCUCAUAACUGGGCUUGUGUAUGAUCGGGUUGGCUGUCCCAAUACUUCAUUAAUCAUAUCCAAAUGUGUUAUUCUUAAUCUAGUUUGAUGUCAGGAUCAUGUGAUUACUUUACUUUAUUUGACAAUUUUGAGGAACAAAAUCACCAAAAAAAACCCUGAUUAGGGCUGCAAACCAAAUGAAGUGUUUGACACCUGACUAACCUAAAAAGGUCGGGGCAAUACUUGAGCACAAGCCAAUAGAAGUUGAAUUGGAAAAUGACAAUUCAAUCUGGAUUCUCUGAUUAGGCAUACUCGAGAGGGAAAAUGACUGUUGUGUAAUGAGGGAAAGGUCUUCUAUCAGUUGUUUGACCCAGGGCAACAACAGCCGUCAUUUGCAUUGGCAUGUAGUUUUUUUUUAAACGUUGCGACCAAAACAUGGUAUGUCCAGAUAUUACCAUUACCCCCACCUCCAUCGCUGUUCUCCAAUUUAGAAAUGUGCUUAAAAAUGGAAAUUUAAAUUUAUGGUAAAUUGAUGAACGGUUUAAGUGACUGCCAGCAGGAGAUUGUGCCUGUCCUUUAAUCUUUUUAAAAUACUUUAAUCUCCAAUCCUAGUUUACCAAUGUGUUCCAAAUUUGCUCUUUAUUGGUGUGCAUUUUGGCUAAAGUUUAUUACACCAGGAUCCAUUAAAACAUUCCUAUAACAUGUUUGAAAAUUGUAAGAGUUUUGAGCCAGGAGGGGGAGAGAAGAACUUUGCACUCUGAGCUCUUACAAUCAGGAGCUAGGAGAAGCCUUGUCCAAUUUGCAGUGGGGAAGGAGUUGUGCCGAUUUUUGAAAGCACACUUUUUUUUUAAAAAAAAUGUUCAGUUAAUUCUGAAAAAAUCAUCAAGUCUGUUACUUGGAAAUGAGCAAAUUCUAUUGUGAAAGGUAGGCUUAAGAAUGCACAAUAGAAUGAACUCAACCGUGCCCUUUUUUGGUUUAUCAAAAGCUUGUGUUUACUGUUGCACAUCACUUAUACAUUCUACAGAACCUGACAAACUGCUUGAAAAUACAGCACAUUGUUUACUUGAGGGAGGUGGGGAAAUACCUUCUUUGCCCGACAUUGAAUGGCAUGUAUCAUGCUGUUUGUUCAGUGUAAUACCCCAGUGAUUGAUCAUGCAAAGGAAAGAUUUGUUUCCUCAGUGGUAGCAGUAGAUGCAAAUCAGAAGUAGCACAUAUCUGUCGGAAUCACCAUACACCUUGCAGCUGCCUGUGUGGCUUUGAACUAAAGCAUGGAAAGAAGGAUUGGGGAGAUAGGAUCAGCUGGUGAUGUGGUACAUUCAUUCUUAGCACAAUUAUUUGGAGUUCCCAUGGAAGCCAUUCUUCAGCAGUGAGUCAUCCCUUAUUAGGAUCAACACUACUGUGGGAGGCUUGUAGACAUCGCUUGUAAAGAGCAAGUCUGUAAAACCACAACAUUAGAUAACUGUCUUUCAAGCACUGGGAUUGGAAGUGGGAAAGCAAAAAAUGUAGGAGACCUAAACUGGUUCUAAAACAUAUCACUGCCACAAUAUCAAACUGGUAAAGAAGGAGUUAAAAAGCAGUGUUGCGUCUAAUAUCGAGAUAAGUUGGCAGAGUAAUUUUAAGCUGUUAAGUGGAAAUUGGUAGUAGAGGCUGCAAACUAUGAAGCCUCAAUGUGUUUUUCUUAUUUGGUUUAGAACUGGUGAGGAGGAGGGGGAGCAAAGGGAAGAAGAAUUUGCAUGAAUUCCAGUUAAUAGCACAUGUAGCAACACAAUUGUAACACAUGUAGCAACACGACAGGCUGAAAUUACCAACUUUUUUUUUACAAUGGUGAAUGGAAUUUCAGCUGCCGUGGCCCUUUUAACAACCAGAGGAGCGUGGGAGGCUUGCUUUUUAAGUGACCAUCCAAGCACGAAUAGUUAAAUGGUGCGUUUUACCAAAAUCUUUCAUGUUGAUAAAUCUUUUUGACAGUUGGAUUAGCUGCUGUUUGUUUUUUUUUAAAUCCCCUUUUCAAUUUAUGCUGAAUACUGUCAUCAAGUGAUUGAAUUGUUUAGAAAUGUAUGUACUUUUCUCAUUUCAGCCCCCCCCGCCCUCAACACACACACGCGUGCGUACACACUCCACCCACCCUUUUAGUUGCUUUUGCCACUAAUUGGAGGGGCGAGCUGUUAUUCCAAGUUGAAACAAAGUACGCCAGCUGAAAUUCUGAAGUAAAAUGUACUGCAACUUGCAAUGUAUGAGGUUUAAAGUUUUUUUCAAAAGUCUGUAAUCACCCUGUGAUAUAUGUAAUCACCUUGUGAUAUAAUUUUUUGUUGCAUUUGAAUGUUCUGUAAUCCCACCCCAACUCCUCACCCCCAAGGAAAAAGAAUCACAUGUACUUGUGGGCAAAAAGAACAUUUGAACAUCCUCAAGGCUCCCCAGCAGGUUGGGUGGCUUGCUGCAUGCCUUGGAAUACGAGGAAGGCUCUGUGCAUUUACUUUUUCUUCAACUGGCGCACGUAUGUUUGGCUUCUGAGAGGCUUCCUGUUACAGCAAACUGUGACUUGGAUUUGUCUGCUGGACUGUGUGACUGGGGGCUCUGUCAAAGAGGAAAUCAAGAAGCUGAUGGAACCUAGACUUUGAAGACUUAAGCAUCUGUGUUAGUCACAAAGGGAACAGAUUGUGAAUUUUGUUUACACAAUCCAAUAUUUGGAUUUUUUUGUUUUUUUUGGUAAAUAAAAGGAAGUUAUUUUUUUCUAUU